AUGGAAGAUUAUCGAAAUGCAAUUAAAAAAUUAAAGUUACAAGCUUAAUAAUUAGAGUAAGAAAAUAAUGAACUUAAAGUUAAAUUGGCUAUGCCAGCUGAUGAAGAAUUGAGAAUACCUUAAUUUGAAAUAAUCUUAGCUUCAAAUACUUCUUAAUUAUACAUAAGAGAAAAACUAUUGAAAGAAUUAUAAAAAUGUUGUAAUGAAAGAGGAAUGACAGUUGAAAUGCUUUUUAGAUGUGCAGACAAAAGAUUCACAGGAAAAUUGACCAUUUAAGAAUAUAAAGAAUUUUUAGAUUCAUUUUUUGAUGGGAAAAUAGACGGAAUCACACUUUAAAAGAUUGCAUUACUUUUUGAUGAUGAUUGUAGUGGAUUUAUAAUGAAAGAAGAAUUCUAUAGGGUUCUCAUCUAUUGUAAAUGCAAUGCUGAAGAUCAUGCUUAUAUUCUCAAUACAUAAGCAAUGAAAAUGGGUUAACCUUAAGAUGAUCCUGCCAAAAUAUAAGAAAGAGUUCUUGAAAAAUUUAUUAAAUAUCUUAAAGGUUUAAAAAAUACUCCUAAAGGAAUUGUAGAAUAAAUUGAUUACUAAUAAAAAGGUUACAUCACUACAGAUGAUCUUUUAAUGUCUAUGAAAAAUGACUUUGGAUCAAAUGAAAUCUUUAUUAUUAUGAAAUACUUUGAUAUCAAACAAUUAAAUAAAAUUAAAAAUGAAGAUUUCUUAUUUGAUCUCAAAGAAUGUCUUAAUCCUAAUAAAACUGCGUAAUAAUUAUUAGCUCUACGAGAAAAUAAUAGUGGAUUACGAAUACUUUAAGACAUGAGAAAAUUCAGACAAGUUCUACGACAAUAUAAAUUAGAUCCUUUGAUGAUUUAUUAUUAAUGCUAUCCAAAAGAUGUCUAAAGAAAAUAAAUUACUGAUUUAGCUAUUGCAUUUAGUAAAUACAUGAAAGGAACUUAAUUUGAUUAAAUCAUGAAUUGGAUGAGAUUAAUUGAUANCAUCUAUCAACUUACAAUACUUAAUCAAAUACUAGUGAAGUUAGAUCAUCUGCUCAAUAAUCUGCUUAGUAAUCAGCUUAGCAUUCUGAACAUUAAUCAGAGAAACUUUCAGAUAAGUAAUCUGAUAAUUAAUCUGAAAAUAAUUCUAGAAUUGCAGAUGGACAUAGUGAACAUAGAAGUGUAGAGGGAGAUUAAAAAAGUAUUGAUGGGGCUAGUGAACAUGGAAGUGAAUAAGUAGAAAUUAAUACUAUAGCCAACUUUGGAUAAUCAGUUGAACUUGAUGAAAUCGAUUGA